GGGAAAGGGUGGACUUGAAGAAGUGUAUCCUCCGGCUCUGCAUCAGUUCCCAAAUCGAGGCGGAGCAGAAUGGAGUCGAGCGUUCUGGAGUCGAUCGGCGUUGAAAUAAUCGGGGUAAUGUCCCCAGUCUCAAUCUGCAUGUUCCUUGUUGUCCUUUUAGUCUACGCCCUCUCUCCCUCCAACCCUUCUUCCUCUUCAUCAAUCCGCACCGCCGCAAACCUCGUCUACCUCGAGAAUCCCACCGACUCCACCUCCCAAAAGCUCGAAGGCGCUCUCCUCAACGCCCUCGUCUUCGUCAUUCUCAUCGCCCUCGUCACCUUCCUCCUCGUCCUCCUUUACUACUACAACUUCACUAACUUCUUGAAGAACUACAUGCGCUUCUCCGCCUUCUUCGUCCUCGCCACCAUGGGAGGUUCCAUUUUCCUCUCCAUUAUCCAGCAUUUCUCCAUCCCGAUCGACUCCAUCACCUGCUUUCUCCUGCUCUUCAAUUUCACCCUCGUCGGCGUCUUGUCCAUGUUCGCUGCCGGCAUGCCUAUUUUCUUACGCCAAGCUUAUAUGGUUUCCUUGGGCAUCAUCGUCGCUGCUUGGUUCACCAAAUUGCCUGAAUGGACCACUUGGGUUCUGCUUGUCGCUCUUGCUCUCUAUGAUUUGGUCGCUGUUCUCGCCCCUGGCGGCCCUCUCAAGCUCCUUGUUGAGUUGGCCUCUAGCCGCGACGAGGAGCUCCCCGCUUUGGUCUAUGAGGCUCGCCCCACCAUGCCCCGAAACGCAUCUGCCUUGGCCUUUCUGGUUGCCGGGUUUUCUGAUUCUGGCUCCGUUGAGCUGCAGGCUGUCUCGAGGGACAAUGCCAGUCCUAAUCAGAAUGAUAGUGUGGUUGAGCUUGACAGUUUCGCCUGCGACGGAGGUGAGCGUAAUAGAGACGAAGGGCAGAGGUUACUGUUGGUGGAUAGGCACUCAUCAAGCAGUGAUUCGUCUGUCAGUGUUGUAUCUGAUAGAGCUAGGCAGUUUGGCAGUGCAGGGUCUGAAAUUGUGGCCGACGAGGAGGAAAUGUCUCCUCUUGUUCAAACGACUGGAUCAGGCAAUGGGAGAGAGCAGUUGAGAAGGGAUGCUACUGAAAUGUUCAGUCGAGGUAUUAAACUUGGUCUUGGUGAUUUCAUUUUCUACAGUGUUCUAGUUGGCAGAGCUGCAAUGUAUGACCUUAUGACUGUCUAUGCCUGUUAUCUCGCCAUUAUUUCAGGACUUGGGUGCACUCUUAUCUUGUUGUCAGUAUGCCAUCGAGCUUUGCCUGCUCUGCCUAUAUCUAUUGCAUUGGGUGUUAUUUUUUACUUCUUGACUAGGUUAUUAAUGGAACCCUUUGUUGUUGGGACAUCCACUAAUUUACUGAUGUUUUGAUCAUCCAUCUCUUUUUGGUAAGAGGAAAAUUAUGCUAAGAGAAACACUGAUGAUUUUGUGGGCAUGAGAUCUAUAUACAAAGUAAAAAGUUCCCUCCUAUUAAAUUCAUUAUCGUUCUGCUCUUGUAAUUGCCCUGUAGUGGACUCACUUUUAGAAGUAGUAAUUUGGUAAUGAAGUAAAAUAUAAUUGACAUUGACUGGCCUUUCAUGUCUCUCUUUUACAUAUUUCCGAAAUUACUUUUUAUUAUUGCAGCAUGUAUGAGCUCUAUAGACACAACAGAAUAAGGAAAAACAAUCUGUUCUGUUAAUAGUGGGUCUACUUUAGUUAUCUUUGGAACUACUUGCUGUGUGUAAUAGGUAAGGUAUCUUUAUAAUCUACAGUGACAAUGUGUCAGUGGCAAAAUUAUAGGUUACAGUGAUAAUUAGUUGACAAAUCUUUGUAUAACAAGCAUUUCACAGUGGACCAACUAACUAGUGAAUGUUAGACAUGUUUGGUUUACUUAGAUGAGGUAAAUAAAAAAGAUAUAAGUAACCGAAAGUUGUAAUCUG